CCAUGAGUAGCCCAUACUUCCCAGCUCGGACAGUGCUGUUUGAGAGGGAGGAAGGUGGCGUGACUUACAGGAUACCUGCCCUGCUCUAUGUCCCCAAGAAGGCCACUCUGCUGGCCUUUGCAGAGGAGAGGCUCAGCCCUGAUGAUUCCCAUGCAAACGUGCUGGUUCUGAGAAGGGGUGCCUUCUACAAGACCUAUGUGGAGUGGGGAGCCAUGCGAGUUGUGAAGACAGCAUCUCUGGAGGAGCAUCGGUCCAUGAACCCCUGCCCCGUCUAUGAUGAGCUCACUGGUACCGUCUUCCUCUUCUUCAUCGCUGUGUUGGGCAACACCCCGGAAUCCUUCCAGAUCAUGACUGGCAAGAAUGCAGCCCGCCUCUGUUAUGUGACCAGUUCAGAUGGGGGUCUCACCUGGAGUGCUGUCACUGACCUGACAGAACAAGUCAUUGGCUCUGUUAUAGAAGACUGGGCUACCUUUGCCUUGGGUCCUGGCCACGGCAUCCAGCUGAGGUCGGGCCGUCUGCUCGUUCCUGCUUACACUUACCACAUCGACUGCAAGGAGUGCUUCGGGAAAAUCUGCAAGACCACUCCUCACUCCUUCACCUUCUAUAGCGACGACCACGGUCGGAGCUGGCAGUUUGGGGACUUCAUCCCCAACCUGAAGACCGGGGAGUGCCAGUUGGUAUCCGUGUAUGAGGAAGAUGGCAGCAAUAUUCUUUACUGCAAUGCCAGGAGUCCCCUGGGCUGCCGGGUGCAGGCGCUCAGCAUGGAUGAUGGGGCUGCCUUUUUCCCAGGACAGCUGGUCCGGAAGUUAGUGGAGAGCAACCGCGGUUGCCAUGGCAGCAUCGUUGGGUUCCCAGCUCCUCUCAUCGGGAGCUCCUCUCAAAGUCGGUUACAAGGGGAGAGCUGGUUCGUCGGUGGCUGUGAUUAUUCCCACUUCCAGCAAAAGCUUCGCGUACUUCAGAAACACAGAGAAAAGAGUGUGAGAAGUCUCGCAGUCACCUCCGCAAAGCGCGCAUCCCAGCGCCGUCCACCAUCGAGGAUCUCCGAAGAAUCUCCGAGCUCUGCUCCUGAUUCCGGCCAGGCUCUCUCAGGAUCUGUCUUUCCACCUUCCACCUCAUUCCAGGCCCCCACUUGGGUCUUGUAUUCCCACCCCACCAGUCACAGAUCUCGGGUAAACUUGGGGGUCUACCUCAGUACUUUCCCCAGAAACGCUGACAGCUGGACCGAGCCCUGGGUGAUUUACCAAGGGCCCAGCGCAUACUCUGAUUUGGCAGCCAUCGAAUUGCCCUUUUCGGAGCCCUCCACUCCGGGGAUUCCAGCCAUCACUUUUGCCUGCCUCUACGAGAGCGGGGCCAGGUUUGCCUACGAGGAGAUCUCGUUCUGUCUGUUCACACUCUCUGAGGUCAUCGAGAAUAUUCCCACAAAGGGCCGCUCAUCGACCCAGAGCAAGAACCGCUGGAAAAGCUGCGCGACUUCCUGAAUGCCCUCCUCUCACCGUCCUGGAAGGGGGCCCCAGGGCAGCCUCGAGUUUUUAGUACAGACUCCACAGAAGACCUAUAGAAAUACCCAAACACCACAGAAUGGUUCUCCUCAUUUGAGAACGUAUCCUCAGCUGUCAGUGGACAAUCACUGAGGUUGGCACGUGGUUAAAACAGUGUUUGAUGUGUUGAACUCACUUUUUCUUUUGUUUGAUGACUUCAAAAUACAUAUAGCGUUAACUCCUUUAAAAAUUUGGGCUGUACCUUUUACCUGCGGGAGGAUCCCUUAGUGAAUGAAUUAGGCUGUUUAUGAUUUUUUCAGUUCUGAAUGGAGGCCUUUAUUUUCUGCCUAAAGUCAUUCCUAAGAUUUCCUCUUAUGAUUUUUAUUUUUCCUUCGAGUCAUUCUAGAAGGUUCCAUGAUCUUUGUGUAUCCCACACUAUUUUGUAUUUCAUUGGAUACUCUUUGACUUCAUUUUGCAAUAUUUGCUAAUUAUCCUUGAAGAUCUCUUUGAAUUUUUAUGCAUUUUUCCUUCAUUUUUUUUAGUAGCCUGUCUGUUGGUUUAUCUGCUGGUAUCCUGGACUUUUGUUGAUCGUUUUUUCUCUUGCCAUCUCUAGCAUCCCUCUUCUUGUAUUCCCCAUCCCUCACUUCCUAACACCUCUCCUCUCAUAAGCCUUGAACACUGGCUGAAGAGUUGCCUUAAUCCUCCUUGGAAGGCAGGUUAAGUGGUUCACCUGCCUGAGUCCCUGACCAGAAUAACUGAUCUCAGCUCCGUUUCCAACACCUUUCUCUCACACCCAGCACAUCGGUGCACGCUGCUUUAUUUUCAGAUUGCCUGCUUCCUCCUUUUAUUCUUUCCUUUCCAUUUGCAAGACUAGACAGAAUGAACCACUUGUGUAGGUCUAGGGAGUUGAGGAGCUAAGAGUAUUUGGGAAGGGAUGCUGCAAUUUUGGGUCAUCCCUACCUUAGGUCUGGGCUUCUGGCACAAACCCCUACUUGUGUUGGCUGCCAGAGACUAGUGGAAGUGAGUGGAUGUCUUACUUUGUUAAGUACUAUAAGUAGUAAAGUUCUCCAUUGUUAAUUAAUGAUAUUUUUCAGCUUGAUCAUAAUGGUCCUUUUGUCUAAUCUUGUCAUUAAGCUCUAGAAAUUCUAUAAUCAGUUCCUAAGUUUGUUGUUUGGAAGUUGAAGUGUUAAGGAGUUUGUGGAGAGUUAUUGAUCCACCAUUUUGCUGGUCAUGUGUCUCACUCCUGAAUGACCCAAAUAGGAGGAGUUAAAGGGGAAGAACAGUGACCUUCAAUGCACCCAUGUUUGGAUUUCAGGGACAUUAGCAAUGAAGAGACUUGAAACCAGGAGAAAACCACAGUUUUUUAGUUGAUGGGCUGGUUACUUUAGCUAGGCCAUUUCUUGAUUGUAAGGGUAGCCAAGGGCUAGCCUUUUAGGCUGCAUCAUGAUAAAUACAAUAUCCAGAAUAAGGGAGGUGAUGGUCCCAUUGUCCUCCCUUCACCAAACUAUCUGUGGAGAAUCAUGUCUGGUCCCGGACACCAGUUUCAGAAGGACAUUGAUUUUCUAAUGAUGGAGACUUAAGUCUCCAAUCCACUCUUUUCCUCUACAUCAGUUACCAGUUCCAAAUCAUACUGCAGGAACAGCCAGAGUUCCUCCUCCGGAGAUUAUCUUGAGCAGAGUGACCAAGAAGAUGAGGUGAGUGGAAAUCACCCCAUGUGUGGAUAUUUGAAAGGAAGUGAAGAUGUUUAGUCCAGACCAGAGACUGGCCAUACAAAAGCUGCUCCCCAGUGUUAAAGGUCAGCUGCGGCCUUAAAGGGCAGGACUUGGACCAAUGGGUGGAACAUAGACUGAGGCUUGGUUCCUAACAAAUGAAGACACCCCAAAGGGCCAUGGACUAUCUCAGCACCUGGCAGACCCCACUUCCUCAGAACUCUUCAAAUGAUGAUUGGAUGACCAUUUGGGGGGUACAUCAUGAGAGGAUCAUGGGUUGGACGUCAAAGCCCUAAUCCAGCUCAAUGAUUUCAGGAUCUUGUGAGUCACACUAUUACUUUAUGACUGUUUUCCAAAUAAACGGUUCUAUUUUUCUUAAGUAUCUAUGGUAAGAGCAUUGAGCGGCCUGUCCUUUCUUCUCCCUGAUAC